UCUCUCUCUCUUCUUUUCGUAGGACGUUGCCGCGGAUUUCACAGUUUGCUAUUGUCCCUUUUGAGGAGCCGAGUUCGUUCUAUUGAAUUUCCAUUCAAUAGCAUACGGCCCAUAAACGGGAAUCUCUUCCUACGGACCCGUUGCUUACCCCGAGGACCUGGGGUAAACAAUUGGUUGUUUGCUAGAAGCUGUCUCUAUCCCUCUCCCGUCAUUGGCCGAUCACCCGUCUGCCGUUCAACUCCGCUUCUGAUAGAGUUGAUAACGGUGUAUUGACGCCUUCGAAUCAUCAGAAUGUCGGCUACAGGAACAUUUCGUGGGACGCCUAAGGCGAGAGGGCAAGUCCCGUUCGCGAACAGCCCCUCCAACAUCCCUCGUCCGGCUCCUGAGACCCAAAGUAGCUAUGGGGGGGGCAGCGAUCUCGGGACGUCGACUCUCAGUGCUAGUAGAGCGAAGCAGUCGAAGAAAGAUGAGGCUAUCCGAAGACGCAUCGAAACCGACAUGAACAAGCGAAAGAACCCUACUGCCCGUGUCCGGCAAUCUCGAAAAGCUCCCCCUGGCUCCGUUCUCUCGUUGAAGCCGAGUCCUGCUCUCCAAAUCAAACCGAACACCACAGUUGCCGAGGCGGCCCAAUUGAUGGCAGCGAAGAGGGAAGACUGCGUCCUCGUCACAGAUGAUGACGAGCGUAUUGCCGGCAUCUUUACGGCCAAGGAUCUGGCUUUUCGAGUUGUCGGAACAGGCGUCCAUGCCCGCGAUGUCACGAUAGCAGAGAUCAUGACCAAGAAUCCACUCUGCGCGAAGACAGACACCAGUGCCACCGAUGCCUUGGAUCUGAUGGUGCGGAAAGGCUUUAGGCAUCUCCCCGUCAUGGAUGAAAACCACGACAUUUCAGGGAUUUUGGAUAUCACGAAAUGCUUUUACGACGCCAUGGAAAAAUUGGAGCGUGCAUACAGUUCGUCAAGGAAACUCUAUGAUGCACUAGAGGGUGUCCAGGCCGAGCUUGGAUCUAGUCAGCCUGCUCAGAUCAUUUCCUACGUCGAGGCGAUCCGGAGCAAGAUGUCUGGCCCGACCCUUGAAUCUGUCUUGACUGGAUUGCCACCAACAACGGUGUCGGUCCGGACGUCGGUAAAGGAAGCGGCUAUGCUGAUGAAAGAGAAUCACACAACUGCCGUUCUGGUUCAAGAUCAGGGGUCGAUUACUGGAAUCUUCACUAGCAAGGACGUCGUCCUUCGAGUGAUUGCGGCUGGGCUUGACCCAUCAACAUGUAGCGUUGUCCGUGUGAUGACACCGCAUCCGGAUUUUGCUCCCAUGGACAUGAGCAUCCAAGCAGCUCUCAGGAAAAUGCAUGAUGGACAUUACCUCAACCUGCCGGUCAUGGGUGAUAGCGGCGAAAUCGUCGGAAUGGUUGAUGUGCUGAAGUUAACUUAUGCAACACUUGAUCAGAUCAACAGCAUGUCCGCCGGCGACGCCGAAGGGCCCGCAUGGAACAAGUUCUGGCUCUCCCUCGACGCCGAUACCGAAUCCAUGAUGUCCGGCGAUGGCGGCAGCCGUGCCCCCCACACCCCCGAUCAUCGCUCCCUCAUCUCCCCCGAUCUCAGCCGCCCCAGCGUCGACCGAGGCGACAGCGUUAUGCCCCACGAAUCCGCCUCCCACAACGGCGCCGAAUCGCCUGACCAUUCCGCCGCCGGCCCCGCGUCCCCGUCGUUCGAGAACUCUCCCUUCCCUUUCAAGUUCAAGGCACCCAGCGGGCGCAUGCACCGCUUGCAAGUGAUUGCAUCCGCGGGAAUGACCGAGCUCAUCUCGCAAGUAGGCCAAAAACUUGGCAGCGAAGUCGACGGCAUCGGAGGCGUUCCCACAGUCGAGGACGGCCACGUGUCCGCCUCCGGGUUCGCGCUCAGCUACCUCGAUAACGAAGGCGAUAGCGUUUCCAUCACGACGGACCACGACCUACUUGAAGCCAUCACGCUCGCUCGGCAAGGUCGUCUGGAUAAGGUCGACUUGUUCGUGCACGAUCCGUCUGCGCCGGCGAUCCCUGCGACGGUGGAGCCGCAGCCGGCGCUGCCGAAACAGGUUACGCCGCCACCGUCGACGACCAUCAGGGAGCGUAGCAGGAGAUAUGACGGCGAGGAUGCGGACGAGGAUGAAGAGGAGUACGUGGAGAGGAAGCGGAAGGGGAAACAAACUGCGGUUCAGGCCACGCAAGAAGAACAACAACUCGUCGCGGGGGUCCCUAAUGAUAUGCUGGUGCCAGGGGCGGCCCUUGCGCUGGCGGUAAUUGUUGUGGGGGUGUUCACCCUGGGGCGAGCAACGAGUCGUUAGCAUUGCAGCUAGCACGAUGUUAUAUCCAGCGUCAAAUUCGCCCAGGUGAGGUAGUUUUGUUCUUUGAAGCGCGUGAAAUUCUACUAGUAACAGUUCCCUCCGUCAAGGCAGGCAGGUCUUCAGAGGGAAAGGAUGAGUCAUGUGCAAUCUUCUAUUCCAGUUAAUGAUCAUAGAGCAUGUUAUCAUCUAAUGCCAGCAGGCGGACAUUCCACUCUUCCCAUCAUAUAUACAAUUAAUCGCCUGU